GAAGAAUCGAUUCUGUAUUAGUAUCGGUGGUAUCGCAACGUCUAGUUUUGGUAAUAAUUUCAUGUCAUAACAACUUUAAACUGAUUAAAUUUUCGAACCGGUUGAUGCCCUUUUAUAUGUAGGCGAAAAGUGAGAGAAUUGAAUAUAAAGGAUUAUUUAUUAACUUAAGUUCAUUACAAUGGCGUCAGAAGAAGGAUUACCCACCUAUAACUACAAGAUUCCUGAAAAGCUUAUAAAAAGCGCAAUGGAUAUGCCCAGAUGGGAACAUUCGGAAGCCUAUUACGAUUUGAUGGGUUUUAUCAGCAGUAUGUGUGUCGCGCUACAAGCCACAAAGCAAAGCCAGGAAGUAGAGGUAAACACGGUUAUCAAAAAACUUAUGGACGGCCUCACCCGUCUGGAACAACUUGCCAUCGAAACUCCACCGGUGGAUCAACCGGCCAGAUUUGGCAAUGUAGCCUACAGAUCCUGGUUUCAGAAAAUGCAAGCCGAGAGCCUGAAUUUGAUAAAAGAUGCACUACCAGCGCAUUUGGCUGAAGCGGCACCUGAGCUGAAUCUAUACUUUUCGGAAUCCUUCGGCAAUGCUUCCAGGAUUGACUACGGUACUGGUCACGAGCUUUCUUUUCUAAUGUUUCUGAUGUGCUUGUUUAAAAUCAAAGCAAUCGAUAGGCAAGAUGAAGUUGCUGUUGGCCUGCGGAUGUUUCAUCAAUAUCUAAAUUUUGUCCGGAAGCUGCAGGUUACUUACCGUAUGGAACCAGCUGGAAGUCACGGCGUGUGGAGUCUGGAUGAUUUCCAGUUUGUACCAUUCAUUUGGGGCAGUGCCCAGCUGGCAGUCAACAGCCCGAUUGAUCCAGCAAAGUUUGUUGAGGACAAAUAUAUUGAUGAGCACCGAAAAGAGUAUCUUUUUAUCGGAUGCAUCGACUAUAUACGACAGGUUAAAACCGGCCACUUUGCUGAACACUCGAACCAGCUCUGGAGUAUAAGUGCGGUGCCUUCAUGGGCCAAAAUUAGUACUGGACUUAUGAAAAUGUACCAAAAGGAGGUUUUGUCUAAGUUUCCCGUAAUUCAGCAUGUGUAUUUCGGAUCGAUCUUAACACUUACCCCGGUGAAACCGGGUACGAAACUACCCAACCCAAGGCUUGGUAUGCUUCCGCGGCAAAAUAUGGGGCCGCCAGCCCCGCCCAAAUUUUCUGCAGAUGAAGGUCACUAAAUCGAUUGAAUUAGGAGUUCAUAGUGAAAAACGGAGGUAGAUUAAGAAAAUUGAAAUUCAAGAGUUUAUUCUAGUGUUAAAUUUCGUUUUCAUUAUUAUCGUUUCCUGUGUUGAAAUAUUUGAUUGCUUCGCGAGCUGGAAGGGAAAAGAUUGGUGUUUUAACAAAAACAGGUACAAUAUGUAAAUGAUACUACUUACUGGAAUCAUAAUAAU